CAGACUCCCCUGGACCCAGCUGUGUCUCCAUGAAGAGUGACCACUAUAUGGGGGAACUUCAAAGGAUCCGUUCUGAAUUUGUGAAGGGAGUUUCAGAACCAGUUAUCAAAGGUCUCCUGGAUGACCUUUGGCAGCAGAAGGUGUUCAGUCCUGAGGAAAAGGACUACGUGAUGGCCGAGAGGACCAAAGCAGACCAAGCACGUCGUCUGAUCGACAUGGUGAUCAAUAAAGGGGAGAGAGCAAGUCAAGCGAUGAUUGAUAGUAUGAAGAAGAGGGACCAACACUUAUGCUCCACCCUGGGUCUGAUGUCUUCUCCUGCUGGUGUGGGAUCUGCUGAUGUCGAGUGCCAAAAUAAAAUAAAAUCCAAUUUGCAGAAGAAUUUCGGGUGUGUGUUUGAGGGAAUCGCUAAAGCAGGACAUUCAACGCCUCUGAAUGAGUUUUACACAGAGAUCUUCAUCACAAAGAGAGGCAGUGGAGAGGUCAACCAGGAGCAUGAGGUCAGACUGAUUGAAACAGCUUCCGGGAAAGCUGCCAUGGAGGAAACACCAAUCAGAUGUGAGGACAUCUUUAAACCCUUACCUGGACAAGAUAAACCAAUGAAAAAACCUAGGACAAUUAUGACAACUGGAGUGGCCGGCAUUGGUAAAACCGUCUUAACACACAAGUUCACUCUGGACUGGGCUGAAGACAAGGCCAACAUAUACUUCACGUUUAUCUUCACUUUCAGAGACCUGAAUUUACUAGAAGAGAAAAAGUUUAGCUUGGUGGAACUUCUUCAUCACUUCUAUAAUGAGACCAAAGAAGCAGGAAUCUGUAAAUAUGACCUGUUCCAGGUUGUCUUCAUCUUUGAUGGUCUGGAUGAGUGUCGACUUCCUCUGGACUUCCAGAGAAACCCGAUCUGUACUGAUGUCACAGAGGUCACCUCGGUGGAUGUGCUGCUGACAAACCUCAUCAGGGGCAACCUGCUUACCUCUGCUUGCAUCUGGAUAACCACACGCCCUGCGGCAGCCAAUAGGAUCCCUGCUGAGUGUAUUGACUUAGUGACAGAGGUGAGAGGGUUCACCGAUCCACAGAAAGAGGCGUACUUCAGGAAGAGAUUCACAGAGGAGACACUGGCCAAAACAAUCAUCGCCCACAUCAAGAAAUCACGAAGCCUCCACAUCAUGUGUCACAUCCCAGUCUUCUGUUGGAUCACUGCUACAAUUCUGGACAACUUCUUCAAAACAUCCCAGCUGGGGGAAGAGAUGCCCAAGACCCUGACUCAGAUGUACAGCCACUUCCUGAGGGUUCAGUCCAUGCUGGGGGAAAGGAAGUAUCGUUUGAUAGCUGAAACAGAGUGGAGUUCACAGAGCAGGGAGAUCAUUGUUUCUCUGGGAAAACUGGCUUUUAACCAGCUGGAGAAAGGCCACCUGAUCUUCUACGAGGCAGACCUGGCAGAGUGUGACAUCGAUAUCGGAGCAGCCUCAGUGUACUCAGGAGUGUUCACCCAGAUCUUUAAAGAGGAGUGUGGGCUGUACCAGGACAAUGUGUUCUGCUUUGUCCACCUGAGCAUCCAGGAGUUUCUGGCUGCCCUUUACGUCUUUAUGUCAUUCAUCGACACUGGGGACAAUCUGCUCUCAGGACAACGACAAUUCCUCUGGUCUAUUUUUUCUAGAAACAAAGGAAAUGUCAAACUCUACCAGAGUGCUGUGGACAAGGCCUUACAGAGUGAGGACGGACGCCUGGACUUGUUCCUCCGCUUCCUCUUGGGCCUCUCUCUGGAGACCAAUCAGAUUGUCCUACGAGGACUGCUGGGAAAGACAGCUGAAUGGCUGUGGUCUGUCAGAGAGAUGCUGUGAAGCUCUGGCAUCAGUUCUCA